UGGUCACACCAAUGUGGCAUUGUUUUGUUUUGUUUACAAUUUGAAUUUACUAACAAAUUAUUUCAAUGGAGGAUUCGGAAGCCGCAUUUAAACGCCACGAGGGUGUGGGACCAAAGGUGAAACAGGCCUACGAGGAAGCCAUUAAACAAAUCUUUGCCGACUUGAGCUGCGCAGAUCUGCAAGCGUGGGAUGCCAUUUACCAGGAGCACGAGCAAUCCGCUCUGGACACCGAAAGCAUCGUAGAUCGCACUCGCAGUCUGAUGACCAAGGUUGUGCUCGAAAUGAACCGAUGCUUUUUCGCCAGCAACGAUGUGCCAAAUAAGUUGCAAACUUUGGAAAUGCUCAAGGAACAUUUCGCUGCCUACGAGGGCAAGAAAUGGAACGUGAACACUGCAGCACCCGAUAAACUCACUCGGCCGCUGCGCAUGCGAUUUUUGGACUUCAGCGUGGAAUUCAUGGAGCAGCAACUGGCCUCUCAGGCAAAAGAACUUGAGAUUGCUAUGGCCAAGAGCAAUGCCAAUCGCGAGCGACUCCAACAUGUCCAUGACAAGCGCCUGAAAUUGACUGUCCAAAUGGAGCAGCAAUUGUCGCAGUACGAGAAAGUUAAGACAGAACUUAUUAAACUAGGCGAAGCAUUGAACGACUUCUGACAAACUUAAAUGCAAUAAAUAAAUAAAAUACU